CGGCGCGCCGGGAUGACGACAUCGGCCGGUGGCGGCGGUUGCGGCAGUGGCGGCGGCAGCAAGAGACAGGGAGGGCUUCCGGGGCUGCGGGCCUGACCGCGGAGAGCUGCUGUCAUGGCGGCCGCCCUGUGGGCCCUCUUCCCCGUCUUUUUGCUUCUGCUGUCAGGGGAUGCCCAGAGCUCGGAGGUGUCUGGGUCUACCUCCGAGGGGUCAGGAGGGAGUGGGGCCGGCGUAGGAGAUCGCUUCAAGAUUGAAGGCCGUGCGGUUGUUCCUGGAGUGAAGCCCCAGGACUGGAUCUCCGCGGCCCGAGUGCUGGUAGACGGAGAAGAGCAUGUCGGCUUCCUUAAGACAGAUGGCAGUUUUGUGGUUCAUGAUAUACCUUCUGGAUCUUAUGUAGUGGAAGUUAUAUCUCCAGCUUAUAGGUUUGAUCCCGUCCGAGUGGAUAUCACUUCAAAAGGAAAAAUGAGAGCGAGGUAUGUGAAUUACAUCAAAACGUCAGAAGUGGUCAGACUGCCCUAUCCUCUCCAGAUGAAAUCUUCAGGCCCUCCUUCUUACUUCAUUAAAAGGGAAUCUUGGGGCUGGACAGACUUUCUGAUGAACCCAAUGGUUAUGAUGAUGGUCCUUCCAUUACUGAUAUUUGUGCUUCUGCCCAAAGUGGUCAACACAAGUGAUCCUGAAAUGAGACGGGAGAUGGAGCAGUCAAUGAAUAUGCUGAAUUCCAACCAUGAAUUGCCUGAUGUUUCUGAGUUCAUGACAAGACUCUUCUCUUCAAAAUCAUCCGGCAAAUCUAGCAGUGGCAGCAGUAAAACAGGCAAAAGUGGGGCUGGCAAAAGGAGGUAGUCAGGCAGGUCAGAAAUGGCAUUUGCACAAAUAUGGCAACACUGGGUGCCAUCCAAGUUUUGAGGGAAAACCAUGUGAAGCAACUACUGUAAACAAGUCAUCCUUAAAGUUGAUCUCUGAUAACUGUUGUGUGUGAUAACUCUUCAGCACAUGUUUGCGUUUGGUACACAAGAAAAUCCAGCUUUCAUUCUUUGUACGAGGUCAAUACUGAUGUCACUGAAUUAAUUACAGUGUCUAUAGAAAAUGACAUUAAUAAGUUAUAUGAAGUACUAUACAUUAAGUAUAUUAAAAUAAGUCUUAAUCCAGA